CCUAGAGAGAGACAAAAACCCGAUGAGAAAGCACAACAGCCGCGGGGAAUUCCGCGCGCCGUGACGUCACCCACAACAAAACUCCGGCUCGGGUCCCGCCCAAUAACAGUCGCGCAGAAACACAUUUAACGUUUAGGAAAAGGACACCAUGACAACAAUACCCUGAAGAACCACUUUACAACCUGGGGGCGCCAUUUAGGGGAUUUACGCUAAAUGGAUACGUCAAGCGCUGCACACUCGAUAGAAGAUCAUCUGUGCUUUUUUUAAGAUAGUGCAUUUAUCAGAAGAUUAAAACCUCGGCUAUGGCAAAGGAAUCAACUGGAACAGAAACAGCCAGAAUACUGGAAAACGAGAAAAACACGGAUGUCCAGAGUGGCGAGGAGCCCAAAACAACAGCCCAGAAUGCUGACACUCCUACCAAUGCUAAAAAACACAAGAAGAAGAAAAAGAAAACGGGUGAUGGAAAAGAUAAUCAAAAGAAAGGGGUAAAAACCAACGAGGAAACACCCAAACAAGAGACCACGGAGCUGACUGCUGAUGAGCAGCUGAGUCGGGAGUUGGAUUGGUGCAUCGAACAGCUCGAGCUCGGCCUGAAAACUCAAAAAACCUCCAGCAAACAACGGGAAGAAGCGGCCCGUGCUCUGAAGACGUUGCACAGCUCCAAGGCUCCAUUGGUGAAGAAGAGGCAGGUGAUGCGAGCGGUGUCUGGAGACUACAGGAAGAAGAUGGAAGAGGAAAAAACCAGACAGUUCAAACUCAUACAGUCAGCAGUGACCUCCGCCCGGGUCAACAGUGUCUCUGAGUGCAAACCAGUGUUUCACCGGCGAGCACACACCUCAAACAAAACAGACAAAUCUCAAGAGACACACACACUGCAAGGGCCCCCGGAGACAAAUGAACACACAAAGACUGAUGGAGACACAAAACCUUUUGUUUUCACUAAAACACAUGAAGAGUUUUGCUUUAACUUCAACUUAUGAUCUGACGCUGUAACAGUAACUGUAACAGGAUUUGUGCCUUAAGCAGGUGCAUAGUCAGAUAUUAUGUUCUUCUAUUGCACAGUUUUGUGGUAUGUUCUCUAUGCAUUUUAUUAAGCAUACAUUAUUGCUAGAUUUCACUUUUUUUGUAAUGCUCAAAAUGUUCAUAGAAAACACUUAAGUAAAAAAUCCAAAUAAAUCAAUUAUGCUCAAAACUU